AUGGGAAAUGAGCUCGCCCAUUCGGUCACCAAGCUCCUGGAACAGUUUCUGGACUGUAUGUCAACCUAUGUCGUGCCUCUGACGGCCAGCCGCAUCGCAGAGGGAAAAGGGAAGGUGUUUGGGGCUGCAAUUCUGAGGAAGAGCGACCUAUCCCUUGUCAUUGCGGAGUGCAAUGUGGAUGUAGAGUGUUCGCUAUGGCACGGGGAGACGCACUGUGUCAAGCGCUUCUACGAGCUGCCCACUGAAGGCCGCCCAUCCCCGAAGGACUGCUACUUCCUCACUACGCACGAGCCGUGCUCCCUCUGCCUCAGCGCGAUAACGUGGUCCGGAUUUGACAACUUCUACUACCUCUUCACGCACGAGGACUCGCGGGACCAGUUCGAUGACCCUUACGACAUGAAGGUCAUCCAGGCUGUCUUCAGGACGCCGGCGGAAGGGGAGUCCAGCGAGGCGCGCGAGCGGCGGGAGCUCUAUAAUCGCAAGAACGAGUUCUUUGAGGCCACGUCGUUCGCCGAACUACUUGAAGACGUUACAGACGCGCAUGACAAGGAUAGGCUGGAGAGGAAGACUGACGAAAUGAGAAUGACGUACGCAAACUUGAUGGAUGAACAGAGGAAGAAUAAGAUAGGAUUUGCCCUGGAAUGA